GGACGUCAGUAAUGUUGUUGUUGGUGGUGGGAGAGAGCGCGAGAGAAAAAGAAAGAGGGAUAGAGAGGGAGACUGUAAAUAUGGAGGAGGUGAAACGGUAGGAGGUGAGACGCAUCUUUUUGCUUAGUUUACGGCUUUUCGUGAGCAGGCGGAGCGCGGCGGAGUCUGCGGGGGAAGACACACCGAUCCUCGGCGGCAAGCGGAGCCGGGAGGAAGCGACCCCAGCUCCGCCGACAUCCACGGAAAAUUUCACGUUGAAAACAAAGUCUGGCUCGUCUACCUGCUCUGUUCUCCACCUGAUGGCUGACUCAGAAGACCCACUUUAACCCAGUGCAAGUCCAGAUCCAACCUUGAUGAAUUCGUCACACCCCUCAGUGGAGGUGAAGAGCAGCCUCCCGUCAGGCAUGCAAAGCCCAGUAGGAACAACAAGCGAGCAGAGAGGAGGUGGUGGAGAAGGCGGUGGGGGUCCUGGAGAAGGCCCAGGAGGAGGAGGAGGAGGAGGCCCGGUGGACCUGCGAACAGAGCCCAGGGUGGGGUCUCUGUCCGGUAACUCAGCGGUGGAUACAGCCCUGCGGGAGCAGCAGCUCCAGCAGGAACUGGUUCUUCUCAAACAGCAGCAGGAGCUCCAGAAACAGCUGCUGUUUGCAGAGUUUCAGAAAAAACACGAAGUGCUUACAAGACAACACGAGGUCCAGCUGCAGGAACAUUUAAAGCAACAACAGGAGCUGCUAGCAGCUAAACGGCAACAGGAGUUGGAGCAGAAGAGGAAACUGGAGCAACAAAGGCAUGAAGAACAGGAGAAACAGAGACUGGAGCAACAACUGUUGCUGCUCAGGAACAAGGAGAAAGGGAAAGAGAGCGCCAUCGCCAGCACAGAGGUCAAACUGAAGCUGCAGGAGUUCCUUCUCAGUAAGAAAGAGCCUGGUACAGGCGGACUGAACCAUUCCUUCUCCCCAAAGUGCUGGGGAGGCCAGCACACCUCCCUGGAGCAGAGCUCUCCACCACAGAGUAACACUCCUGGAACUCCACCCUCCUACAAACUCCCCCCACUGCUGGGGAACUAUGAGAGCAAAGACGACUUCCCCCUCCGAAAGACGGUCUCAGAACCGAACCUGAAGGUGCGCUCGCGGUUGAAGCAGAAGGUGGCGGAGAGGCGCAGCUCUCCACUCCUCCGCAGGAAGGACGGGACCGUCAUCAGCACCUUCAAGAAGAGGGCCAUCGAGAUAUCAGUUUCUUCUCUCUGUAACAGCGCUCCAGGUUCAGGUCCCAGUAGUCCAAACAGUUCCAACUCAGCUAUCGCCAACGGCAACACAGGAUCGGUUCCCAACAUACAGACUGAGCUGAGAUCUCUUCACCAGACACUGGGGGCUGAUGGGACAUUGAGUCCACUGAGUCUCUACACCUCACCCUCCCUGCCAAAUAUCUCCCUCGGCCUCCCAGCCAACACACACAUCACGCCCCCCCAGAAGCUGUCGCCCCAACAAGAGGCAGAGCGUCAAGCCAUCCAGUCCUUGCGAGGGGGCGGAGCUCUAACAGGGAAGUUUCUCUCCACAUCCUCCCUACCAGCAGGUGUGGGACAUGACGUGGAGGCUCCGCCCCCCUCCUCUCAUUCAGCCCAUUCCUCUUUGCUGCAGCACGUCCUGCUGCUGGAGCAAGCCAGACAGCAGACAGCGAUGCUAGUCCCCAUGUACAAUCAGUCACCGUUGGUUACCGCAGAGAGAGGCGUGACCUCGGGCAUGCGUGCCGUCAACAAGCUGCCUCGCCAUAGACCGCUGGCUCGCACCCAGAGCGCCCCCCUGCCCCAGUCCCCCCAGGCCCUGCAGCAGCUGGUAGUCCAGCAGCAACACCAGCACUUUCUGGAGAAACACUAUAAGAUGCUAUCAAAAGGUGCAGACCUUCCUCGGCCGCCGCCCACCUACCCAGAGGAGACAGAGGAGGAGCUAACCGAGACCAGCGACAUGCAGGAAGAUGACAGAGGUGUUUACAGACUUCAAAAGGAGGGGUCUGACGACAGCUCGCAUUCAUCCGAGCGACUCAGCGUGCACGUGAAGGGCGAGGAUGAGCACCGCAGCAUGCAUGUCAAAGGGGAGAGCACCGAGAGCGAGCUGGAUGAAGAGGAAGAGGACGAUGAUGUCAUCCCGCUCAGGGAGAGCGAGGAGGAGGAGAGAGGGGGCUACAUGCAGCCUUUGCAGCAGCUGGGUGUGUUUCAGUCCUCGCUGCCCCACAGACCUCUGGGAAGAGCCAAGUCCUCUCCAGCUGCCACCGUCAAUCCCAUCAAACAUCUCUUCACUACUGGCCUCGUGUACGACAGUCUGAUGCUGAAGCAUCAGUGUGUGUGUGGAAAUGCUCACAUUCACCCAGAGCAUGCUGGGAGAGUCCAGAGCAUCUGGUCCAGACUGCAGGAGACGGGCUUACUGGGUCGCUGUGAGAGGAUUCGCGGGCGGAAAGCAUCUCUGGAUGAAAUCCAGUCGGUCCAUUCAGAGUUCCACACUCUGCUGUACGGAACCAGUCCACUCAAUCGGCAUAAACUGGACCACAAGAAGCUUCUAGGUCCCAUCAGUCAGAAGAUGUACGCCGUUCUUCCCUGUGGAGGAAUCGGGGUGGACAGCGACACCGUGUGGAAUGAGAUGCACUCCUCAGCGGCGGUCCGCAUGGCGGUGGGCUCGGUAAUUGAGCUGGCCUUCAAAGUGGCCUCAGGGGAGCUGAAGAAUGGCUUCGCAGUCGUCCGUCCACCAGGUCACCAUGCGGAGGAGUCCACAGCCAUGGGGUUUUGUUUCUUCAAUUCAGUCGCCAUCACUGCAAAGCUGCUGCAGCAGAAACUGGGAGUGGGAAAGAUCCUCAUUGUGGACUGGGACAUUCACCAUGGCAACGGCACCCAGCAAGCCUUCUACAAUGAUCCCAACGUCCUCUACAUCUCCCUCCAUCGGUACGAUGAUGGAAAUUUCUUCCCUGGCAGCGGAGCACCAGAGGAGGUGGGGUCGGGUCCAGGAGUCGGCUUUAAUGUGAACAUAGCGUGGACCGGAGGAGUGGAGCCCCCGAUGGGUGAUGUGGAGUACCUCACUGCCUUCAGGACUGUUGUGAUGCCCAUUGCCCAGCAGUUCAGCCCAGAUGUGGUCCUGGUGUCUGCAGGCUUCGAUGCAGUGGAAGGUCAUCAGUCUCCUCUGGGAGGUUAUAACGUCUCCGCCAAAUGUUUCGGUCAGCUCACACAACUGCUGAUGGGUCUGGCAGGUGGGCGCGUUGUCAUGGCGCUGGAGGGAGGUCAUGACCUCACUGCUAUCUGUGAUGCAUCAGAGGCCUGUGUAUCAUCGCUGCUGGGAGACCCGUGUGACUCAGUGUUUCAGUGGCCUCAGGAGAAGCCAUGUCCUAAAGCCUGCGCCUCUCUGGAGAGAGUGAUCGAGAUCCAGAGUAAACACUGGUCUUGUCUCCAGAGUUUGACUCAGACCAGCGGCCACUCGCUAUUGGACGGGCCGCUGGGGGCCCAGGGCCAAUCAGAGAAGGAUGAGGCAGAGACGGUCAGUGCCAUGGCCUCUCUGAGUGUCGACGUGGAGCAGCCAGUUCCUGAAGACACAGAAACCAGCAGGUCCACAGAGGAGCCGAUGGAGGAAGAGCCCGUUUUAUAAGAGGAGCUCAAACUAGAAGCACACAAUCACCAUCACCUCCUUCUAGCACCUCCUCAUCCUCCUUUAUCUCAUUCUCCAUGGAGUGUGUUCAUACACACAGUGUUGUGGAGGACUCUGAUUGGCUGAGAACAUGAUGGAGGCAGACGGAGGAGAUUCCUGAGAGAAACUUGGACCUGUCUUUUCUUCUGGUUCAUCGGCCCAAGGAGGAGCCGACGACUUGUUAGCAUCUCCAUGGAAACCAGAGGCAGCGGGAGUGUCGGCACGGACGCAUCUUUGGUACCCUUGUAUACUUCACCACCUGUACACAGCACCACUGAACUUCUCUCUUCCAACCUCCAGUCGUUUUUUUUCCUUCAUCCCUUCUCCUCUGAAAAUAACGUGUAUCUGCUCUGAGCGUCAGACGGCAAGCUGACGGCUGGUCUUCUUGCUCGUCCGUCAGAGCAUUAGAGAGACAGCUCAGGCGAGGGGGUAAACGAGCCAGGAGGAGGAGGAAGAGGAGGAACUAGGUGCCUUUUUUCUGUCCACAGAAACAAACCGUCCAAUCAGAAAUCACAAAUCACUGCCGCAGCACCUCAGCAAACCAAGCAGCCCAUCAGGACUGAAGAAUCACACACACACUGCUGUUGUUCCAGUCUUUUCUUCAUCUGGAGGCCUUAGUUUGUCCUAAUGUCACUGUUAGCAACCCUGAGAGAGAUUCAGACUAUCAUGAGGGCUGAUAUGAGUAAAUAUUCUGCUCAAUAAUGACUAAUAAUUACAUUUUCUUAUGUUCAUGGCUGAUAUUCCCAACAGACUGAGUUUUUGAGGGAAGAAAAGCCCAUGAAGCCAUCACAGGUUAGUAAAUACUCAGAUUUUCCAGCUUCAGCAAGAUUCAUGGUUCAAAUCAUCCGACUAAUGGAACUCCAUCGGUCCUCUCUCUCUGUCUCUUGAUUUAGUGAAGGGUCAUGUGACCUGAGCCCCGCCCCUUUUUUCUUAUUCUCUAAAGGGGGAUUGUUGGAUUGUGGCACGAUUUUAAAACUGCACAACGACCACCUUUUCUGUUGUUGUUGUUUAUUGUAAUAUUUCCUGUUUGGUGUAAAUACUCUCCAUGUCACAGCAGAUCGGAGUGUGCUCACUUUUCUAUAUCUGUACAUACGUAUUAUGUAUAAAACACAAAAUACUUUCUCUUUUUGUAUAAAAGCAAAAAUAAUAUUCUAUAGAGCGUGUAAACCGUGUUUUAUCAAUUCAGAUUGGAUUUAAUCAUUUGAUGUUUUUUAAGGUUUGGCUGUUUGAUGGGAAGUAAGCACAGGGUUCGAUGGCGUCAGCCGCUAUCGCAGCCUGCUUGUUUGUUUGUUUACAGAUGCUGAGGGUGGCUGGAUGUUGUUGUUGUUGUUAUUGGAGGGGAACAGUGAGCUCCAGUUCGUCUGGCAGGACCAGCGCUGUGCUGCCCUCCUCAGGUGAACAACAGCAACUACAGACAGAUGUUUUUAAGUCAAAGAUCGUGACGGAUUUGGUGUGGGGGUUGUGGUUUUGUGUCCCAUCAGGAAAGUUGGUCGAGGAUUUAUCUGCCCACAAAACCUGAUCCCCCCUCGGUUCAUUAGUCCUGGUUCAGCAGGCUGGUUGCUACCAACACUUUUCCCUUUAUACAAAAACCACGAGUGUACGGUCCUAUCGAUAGCUAUACCGAUACAAAUAUUAAUACCGUUACUAAUGUUGAUACCAAUAUUUAUACUAAUACCAUAUCAAUAUUAGUACUAAACCAAUAUUAAUAUUGAACCCAAUACCAAUAUUGAUACUGAUACCGAUGACACCAAAACCAACACAAGUAUUGGUUGUUAUCAUUGAAACCAAUAAUGAGACUAAUACCGAUAUUAAUAUGGACACGUUUUGCCUCCUAAAGGAAAAUCGCUAUUGUACUUUCUUUAUUGCAGGACAAUGUAAAAUAUAAAUGAACAUAAAUACUGAAAGAAAUUCUUCUAAAAUUAAAACAAAACAAUAAGAUUGAUAAGAAAAAUCAAGUAGAAAUAAGAAGUGAAUCAAACUUUUUGAAAUAAUAAAAAUAAUUAGUUUACAGAUUGAUUUAAAUAGAAUUACAUUUCUUUAAUUGAAAGAACAUAAUGCUUAAGAACCGGCAUCAAACCAGUGAAAUGUUAAAACACAGCAUCAUCAUUUUCAUCAUCAUCAUGACAUCUGAUAGGCCACCGUAGUCAUGUGACUCUGACAUAAUAAUGUUGCCUAAAACUUGUACUUUUACUUAGUAUUAAAACGGAGGUAUCAGGAUAUUUAAAAAAGUACUGAAUCCAAUAUUUUGACUGUCAGAUAUAUAAGAAUUGACUCUGGAGUAUCGCUACGGCCAUCGCUAGCCGUCACCAAGUGGACCAAAAAUUAGUUACAGAAAGAAGAUAAAACACAAACUCACUGGAAGACUGGCUGAGAGCAUGUCUUUAAACUUAGAUUUAAAAUCCAACAUGGCACAGAUGCUCUGAGCAUCUUGUAUAUUUGGGGGUAGAUAUCCUGAUGCUAGCGCUAUCUAGCUAGCAUGUUCUGCAGAUGCUAACUGUGAUUUUCAUCAGUUUGAUGAGAAAAAUGAGAAGACUUGACGAUAAACGUGCCAAUUUUUAGGAUCUACUUCAUGCUUCAGUGUAUUUACAUAGCAAACCAUUAGGAACUUAAAUAUUUACUCCCCAAACCUGAAUGUUGGAAAUUGGGCCUAAUGGGAGUGUUUAUGUGAUUUUAAAGCUUUGAUUCUGCCCACCGCAGCUGCUGCCCUUCAUCCCAGAGACCGCCGUCAUGUAAAAUCCCAGCAAGUUGGGUAAUGUGUGUGGAUUAAUAAAGAAAAUCCCUUUUAUGUUGUAACAGAGCAGCCAGACUACGGAUCCACUCAGUGAACACAUGGUAUGCUGUUUGGAUCGGGGAAAACGACCUACCCGUCAGACACCAACAGAACUCUGCAGUUUUACAUGAAAUGAUCCCUGAAAGUCAGCUGUGUUCAUGAUAGGUCAAAAAGUAAAGAUGAACACCAUCCUAACUGAUCAGUCAGGACCUGCGGUCACCGUAGCAUUCACAUUAGGUGUUCUGGUUCUGGUCUGGUGCCCCCACCCCCUCCAUGCUGAUAUGGGCUGCCGCUGGCAUCAGCUGUUGCUCCAAACUCCCAUUUUCUUUCUUUUUUUAUUAUUACAACACUUAAAAUGGAUCAGUGGCAUAUUAAGGUUUGUUGAAGCUGAACUCCACACACACCCUUCACCAGUGUCAACAGGAUAACUAGUUACGGUUAAUCACUGUAACGACGCCCAGUGAAAGAAACUGGACCAUUCUGUUAUCCAUGUCUGUCAGGUACACGGUGGACAGGUGUCAUGUAGGUAACUACUGGAUGCAGACCUCAACUCCGCUAAUUCCAAUUCCCAUGAUCCCUACCUCUGGGUCCCUUCUGUUCAAAGCAAUACCACAGUGAUGGGACUACAGGACGUGAGGAGAGACUGCAGCAUCCAGGUGGCGGGGCUCCAUUUUAACACUGCUGUAUGCUUAUCAUCUGUCGGUGGAAUGAAUAGCCAGGACUGACUGAUUGACUUAUUGACCUGUUUCCAGGCACCUGAGUGUAAUCUUUUUCUACUAAUGUAAAAAAGCUGAGGCUAUUGUAUCCAUGCAACCUGCUGUUGAGGCUGCUGGUCAGACUGGGAACUGAAAACGAAAGUGACCCAUUGAACAUGUUGGUAGAGUAGGGAUACCGUGGUGUGGACGAGCAAGCAGCAGCUCAUGUGUUUAUCAGAGGUGUAAAUAACAAGUCUAACCUUGAUACGAUACACCGACUCUUCAGAUGUUUGCCGAUAUCACAAAAGCAAUCGAUAUGAGAUGAAAUCAUAGAAACUCUCAUUCUUAUCAAAUCACAAAAAGGAGCUAAGUCAUGAAAAUCUAAAUAAACCUUUUAUUUCCACCAAUGGGUCCUGUUCCCGACGGGACGGGUCGGUGCGCUUUUUGUACGUUUCCAUGGACAAAAAACUGGGAAGGGUGCCAGAAUAUCCCAGCCGUCCUGCUUUCCGUCUGGUCCCAGUCUUACCGAACUGACCCAGAAGGGUGGAGCUUGUCACGCUGCAAUCCACUGACCGGUAGCAGGAGUCGUCUCCUCCCACACGACUGGGCACUAAGAACAAAGCAGGAACAGCUCCACGUUUAAAUGUUCGGUGGAUUUUUUCUUGUCUAAGUUAUACCCUCCUGCCUACGUUGGCUGCACCAAACCGUCCCAAGCCAGACCCCUCGGUGGAAACGGGGGUUAAUUUUCCUCCUGAGCGUAAUCAGCUAUUUAAAUGAAAAUCAAUGUGUUCUGUUAACUAAAACAGACUGAACCACAUCCUGGAUUUUGGACAUAACCAAGGUAGUACAGUCUGACUUUCUCAGAGCACCACACCUCUGAAUAUGACGACUUCUUGGUUUCGGUUGUUUGAACAAAACGAAUGGAAAUAUUUCAGCAUGCUGUUUCGUUAACAUGUCUUACUAACAGUUACUGUAUUGAUAUUUGAUGAGUCGAUGCAUCACUGUAUGUAAAAAUUGAUGUGUUGCUACACCCCUGAUGUUUAUACCCCACAGUUCAAUGCUUUAACGUUUAUGCUUAUAUUUCAGCGCCAUCUUGUGGCCACGGCUGGAACUUCAGCCUGAAAUGACCAAAUAUGGGUUUAAUCAGCGCGAAAGGUCCAGUCUGGUCCAGAACCUGGACAAAUUUAGUUGUUUUUAAUAGAAAGAUGUGUUUAUGGUGCUGAAAUUUCAGAACAUUUUCUAUUUUUUUUCUUUGUUCACACAAGUUAAAAUUUUUUAUUUGGAUUUUUCUAAAAUUCCAUUGUGAGAUGUUGUUAAUACUCAUGACCAUAAAUGCUGUAGAGCUAAAAACCGCUCCUCUUGAGUUGAGUAAAAAUUGAUAACUUACACUUACUUACAUAGUUUAACCUAGAGUUUGGAGGCUCGCUCUGGUUGUCUACGCACAAUUGUAAAUUUUACCACCAAAUAACAAUUUAAUGACGUGGUUUUCUAACAGUUUUAGACUUGAGAUCCUUAAAUUAGAAGCAGCCAGAGUUUUAGACAGGUUUCCUUCUUCAGCGUAUUUGGCCAAAUAGUUUAGUUUUUUUGUUGCUUUUUGCAGAAAUUCAUGAAAAUAAAAAUGAGUUGAAAGUUAGAAAAGCUUCAGUAUGACCUCAGGGGGUGCCCACAACUCUUGAUGGGUGUGCAAAGGGACGAAUGUACGAAUUGUCUGAAAUAACUGUGUGAAUGCAGGAAUCCAGCACCAGAAAUGCCUUUGAAAGAUCACGUUGACAAGCUUUAUCAACCCCCUAGAACAUCAGUAAACAUAGUGAAUGAACUUGUGGUAGUGGUUGCUGCUCGCUGCGCUCUGAUUGGUUCAGCUCUGAGAUCAGGCUUACUUCAGAAAUGACCGACCCAUCCUGAUAUCGUCAAACUCUAAAAACACGAUGUGAACAGGGUUGACAGACUGAGACGCUUCUCGUAUUUAAGGCCCCUCCUCAGUCGCGAGGCUUUACCGUCGCUACCACACACUCAUACCGAGGAAAACUCACAUUUUCACACACAUACACACUUUUCUACAUGAUGACACUGUAUAUUUCUUGAUAUGUUUGAUACUGUGGUGUAAAUGUAGUGUCCUGCUAUGAAGCGGUGUUGGUGGGGAGGGUGAGGCCCGGUCCCAGUUCCUUUCACCUCCUUCUGUUUUUGGGGGGGGGGGGGGGGCACCGUAUGUCUGUUACCUUUUGUUUUGUCCGUUUUCAGAAGACUUUUUUUCGUUGGAGCGGAUCACAAGCACAUUCCUGACUCCUCUGUGUGUGCGUCCUGCUUAUCCUCCCCUGUUGCAACACAACACGUCUGGUUCCCGCCAACUCACGUGUAUAUAAAGUGCAUAUAUGUGUACACAUGUGCAAUACACGCUAUUCAAGCAAUCUAUUACUGUGACUAAUAUUGAUGAUAAUUGUCACCUUUCGCAGUCUCAGCCUGUUUUUUCCUCCUUGUCCUGAUUCUGUUGCAGGAGCUUAAAAAGGGAAGAUGACUAUUGUGAUUCUUCACACUCAGUUUAAUUUCAGGGGUUUGUGGACAUUUUAAUAAAGCCCUUUUUUAUUAUUAUCCUCACUUUAAUGUUGUGAUGUUAAUCCUGAUGAUCUGUUUUCUUUCUGUUUGUUUUUUUUAAGUGGGCUUGUUGUUAAAUUUGUCUGGAAACUCAAUAAAGCAAUUCACAAACCCUUA